AGUAGAUGUCGUUCAUGUCGUGAUUUUCACAACAAAUAUAUUUCUAAACCUGACUUAAUAGCUGUCAAACUUUGAGUGGCAUGCAAUUUCCCUUCACCGCAACAAACUAAUGUAUCAAUUAUCCGGAACGCUACUAAUUUUAUCCGUCGAUAUGACGUAUACAAAAAACUGAUACCACUAUAAAAUGAUCAAUACAUUCCGGAAAAGUGAUAAUAAAAGUAUGUGGAAAUUGGAACAGUGAACAUGACAAUAGUGCAAACCGGUGAACUUAAAGACAUUAAUACUUCGUCCAGUGUACCCGUGAACUAACCAAAGUGGCAGCUUCGGAGAGUCCCAGUUCUUCUUCAGGAUCCUCUCCCGUUUCCCCCCUUCCUGUAGCCAGUCACCGAGGGUCGUUGUCUAGAUCGUCCCUUGGGAACUGUUCCAGCCCGUCCCUACUAAUGGCAUCUCCUCCUAACAAACUGGAGCACCAACCUUCCCUUCCCAGGACCCUUUCUACGUCUGUGCUCAGGAUAAAGUCGUCCCGACUCACGUUCUGGCAUAAGUUGUGGGAUGACAGGAGUAAGCGCGACUAUCAUGGAGAAGAUCUCAUCGUCACUCCUUUUGCACAAAUUCUUGCCAGUUUACGAAGCGUGCGAAACAACUUCCUGUCUCUCACCAAUGUGCCCCUUAACAAGUCUCGUCGAUCGUCUGGGGCAGCUUCCGCGGCCACCUCCCAGACUCGGAACCUGAAUCCCGGAGACGAAGCAUACAUGAAGCUGGCGAUGGAAACUAUGGAGGAGCUGGAUUGGUGCCUGGAUCAACUGGAAACUAUUCAGACACAUCGAUCUGUUUCUGACAUGGCUUCAUUGAAGGUGAGUUUUGGAAAAUUCAUUGAAUUCGUGGUAGGGUUUUAUAUUGAUUUUCUCUUUCAACAACAAUAUUCACAUAUAUUAAUCAUCAGAUUUGGCUUAGCAAAUUUUUGA